AUGUCAGAAUCCCAAUUUUUCAGAGCCUCGGAAAUUCAGAAAUUCAGAAAUUCAGAAAUUCAGAAAUUCAGAAAUCCAGAAAUUCAGAAAUCCAGAAAUUCAGAAAUUCAGAAAUUCAGAAAUUCAGAAAUCCAGAAAUUCAGAAAUUCAGAAAUUCAGAAAUUCAGAAAUUCAGAAAUUCAGAAAUUCAGAAAUUUAGAAAUUCAGAAAUCCAGAAAUUCAGAAAUUCAGAAAUUCAGAAAUUCAGAUUUUAACGUCUCAAACUUUGGUUCCCUACAAUCAACGUUCCUUUACUUCGACAAAACUUUUCAUUCUCUGCGUCUCUCUCUCUCUCCCUCUCUCUUCCUGUUAUCUGCUCAUCUUGAGAAAUGGAGAGUGAAGGAGUAUAUGUACUACUUCUUCCAAACAGCCCCUUCACCCAUUACUCUUCUUCUCCAACUGUCUGCGUCUCUCCACCGAUCAACACUUUCUCGCCGCCUCGUCCCACACUCUUAUCGCUUUCUUUAA